AUGUGUAUUCAACUUCAAGACGGACAUUUUUUGGAAGAACGGGAUAUGUUAUUACAUUCGGAAAUGAAAUCGGAGAACGAUGAAAAUGGCGCGUUCGAAUUAAAACAAAGUGAAAACUACGACACCACCACGACGAACGUCGAUGUGAAUCCACGGCCAACGUUUGGCACCACGUUGCUUGAAUUGGCCGCGCAUCGUAAACGAACAGAUAGUAACUGGCGUCCAGGGUUGGACGAUCAAGCAUCAGCUCAAUUAUUGCGAGAGGAAAUUCACGAACUGUUGGAGACUGAACUGGUUAGUGAUCCUUGA